AGUCAAGAUCUAAGUAAGCAUUUCAAAAAGCGAUUAGAACGGAAAGAUUUAUAGACUUUAAGUUCCCCUUUUCAGUUUUCACUCACCGCCACAACAGUUUUCGCUCAAACUGUUCAAACAUUUUAGAGACUUCGUUUCAAGUCUAGUAAUAGGCUCAGUUUCUAGCAAAAAAAGAAGUUAACAUUAGCGCUAGGAGGUGAUAAAGAAGAUCGGUUUUACGUUUCAUUCGCUUUUUUGAAGGACUAAAAGGAUGUUCUGGAGUCUGGAUUUGUCUUUGUAAUCUCAGUUCGUCGAGUAUCUGUGGUCGUUGUUUUCUUGACUUCGGUUUCAUCAAUGACGUGGUGGAAUUUGAGAUCCGUCCCUUUCCUUGAGAAUUUCAGACGGGUUCCCCUGGCUGAGAGAGAAAUGAGGGAAGUCCAGCUGGGAUCACAUACUGUUAGGUCUCAUGGAGUUUCUGUGGCGAGGACACACAUGCAUGACUGGCUGAUUCUCUUCCUUCUUGCUGUGGCAAUAGUUAUUCUGAAUGUUAUUAACCCCUUUUACCGUUUUGUUGGGAAAGAUAUGAUGGCUGAUCUGAAGUACCCUUUCAAGAACAACACUGUUCCUUUCUGGGCAGUACCUGUGUAUUCUGUUUUGAUGCCGAUAUUAAUCUUCCUGGGAUUCUAUUUUCGUCGAAGGGAUGUCUUUGAUCUUCACCACGCAAUACUAGGGCUUUUAUUUUCUGUUCUAGUGACAGGAGUUAUCACAGAUGCUAUCAAAGAUGCAGUUGGUAGACCUAGACCAGACUUCUUUUGGCGUUGUUUUCCAGAUGGGAAAGAUGCUUAUGAUAAAUGGGGACAUGUCAUCUGCAGUGGACUUAAAAAUGUCUUAAAGGAUGGACAUAAGAGUUUUCCAAGUGGGCACACCUCUUGGUCCUUUGCGGGUCUUGGCUUUCUGUCACUGUAUUUAGCUGGAAAGGUAAAAGUGUUCGACAGCCGGGGGCAUGUUGCAAAACUGUGUGUUAUAUGGGUUCCUCUGAUAGCUGCAUCCUUAGUUGGGAUUUCUAGAGUGGAUGACUAUAGGCACCACUGGCAGGAUGUGUUUGCUGGAGGUUUACUUGGGCUAACAGUUGCCACAUUGUGCUACUUACAGUUCUUUCCACCUCCACAUCAUGUCCAAGGUGCGGCGUUGUUUUUAUUCGUGCACUGCUGUAGUUUACAUAAUUGUUGCAGCAAGUCUUUAUUUGUUUACUUAUUGAUAUUUUCAAAAAUAACAAAAACAGGACCAUAAUGUAACUAUGGAUAAUAUUUGUAUUGUAGAAAUUGCGCUUUUAGUCUCCUGAUUGUUUGACAAUAUGUGAUGUGAGAUGUUCUUUUAGUCUUGGUGAAUUUACUCCGUCAAUUGUAAUGAUUUCACAAGAAUCAGUCAACCUCAUUAAAAUCACCCUUAAAAAUUAGUGGCUUAAUGGCAAGAAUGCCCGUCAAAUGUCUAAUAGGGGUUUUAAUGAUAUAGAUAAUUGUAUCUUUAACUAUAAGAAACACAGGGACUAAAUUUACAAAGUCCAACUGUCCAAGACAAACUUUGUCUCAGAUUUUACAUGACCUCAACAACUCAACAACGGAAGGAAACUGCGAUAACUUUAAGCUAGCAUUUGCUGAAGAUCAAACAGCAUAUCACCUUAAGCCGUAUCCCGGAAACCUCAUUAUUAAAGCUUGAAAUUAUGGUCAAUAGAUUAUUUGAGAGAAUCAUGGGAUUUACCAUUACUAGUAGUCCUUGUCACCCUGUGCCCCGUCUUAGUUGUGAUUUGGCUUCAAAUUGUAUUUCUGUAUGUUCACUGUUGUUCUUGUAGGUUGGGCAACAUAUGCAUAUUUUCGGGCACUGGAGGAGACCAACAAUGGUGGAGGAGGGACCACUGAAGUUCAAGCUGAAAACCAAGAAGGAGAAAGAGGUCAUCCUGAUACAUUCAUGGGGAUCGCUUUAGCUGAAUGAUUGGCCCUUCAAAUUUUGAGUUAGGGAGUCUGGCGGAAGUAGGUGUUCUUGACUACUUGUUCAGUUGAAACCAGAAGAGUGACAUAUGUGGAUGUGUAAUAUGGGUCUUUGUAUAUAAUAUGUGGAGUAUAUAGUAGCAGAGUAUAUAUCUGUUCUUACCAAGUACAGUAGGUAUUAGGUAAUGAGUAAUGACUGGUGGGGGUGAAGCAAACUAUUUUUAGUUCGAAACACAAUCCCAAUUUUGCUUCAUUAUUUUCCUCUUUUUCCCCUCAUGCAGAACAUAUUUUAACACUAUUAGUGAUACA